AUGUUCGAUGCUAAUCCUAAUCGACUAUUGUUUGAUCCAUCCAUUGCCGGUAUGCCAAUGGACUACAGUAGAGGACAAGGAAUGUAUCCAAUGAUAUCUGAACCAAGGAAACCAAAAGUAUCCCCUCUUUCUCGCAUACCUAGUUUACAUUUACCAGCAAUUAUCUUAUUGGGUUUCUCAUGGCUUUUGCAAACCUUGGCAACGUUUCUUCCAUAUUGGUCGACCUAUUCGGGCAUUAGCGACUCUCGCGCAGGUCUAUGGAGUGCUCGAAAUUUUAAUUAUUAUUCAAUACAAAAUUUUUACUUUCCACAACCAACAGACUUUCCGACGGUGACCAGUUCCAUUGGCUUUACUAGUGCUAAUACAAAAGCAUAUCUUGUUACUGUACAAUUCUUGAUGACUUUCAAUUUUGUCUUCAUGUUGAUUGUGUUGGUUUUGUUAAUUGUGGAUUAUAUAUUUUCUCAACAAACUCGAGAGAGACCUUGGAGUAUGUUAUUGGCAGAUCAUAACACAUCAGAUACAGCUAUUAAAUAUGGUCUUCUCCUUUAUAUUCUCUACGUGUUUAUUAUUUUUGAAUUUGCAGCUUGGAUUACUUAUGUAGGCUCGCGACAUGAUAAUAAUUGGCAGAUGCAUGUCUCAUUUGCAUUUGCGGUCAUUAUUAGUGUAUUUCUAUUCAUUGUUUUUGUUAUGUACGUUCUGGAAUUUCUCAAAAGAUUUCAAAAGAAUCGCUUGAAAUGGGAUUAUUGGUACGGACCCUAUAUCGAAUGGGCAUUUUUCAUAUAUCUCUCCGCUUUACUAUUACUUCUCAUCGUGAUUUGUUGUCCGGAAUGGGCGUAUGACAAAAUCGAUACGCUCUCUAUUUUUGCCGAAAUCGGUCUUUUCAAACAAUGUUAUCUCUCAUCAAUAUACAAAAAAUCAGCUUCGGUUAAUUAUUGUACAUUAUCAAAUAGUGGGACAAAUCAAGCUUGGGUUAAUGCGACACAAGCAUUCAUGUUGAUGGCUUAUAUUUUUGGAAUGAUUAUAUUAGUGGUAUUGGUGGUGUUUCGAAAAGAGUUUCGCCAUAAUUCUCAAGGUUAUGAUGCAAAAAAAGUAAAUCAACCCACAUUUACGUAUAUUAUCGCUGGAUCGAUACUUUUCUUUUGCUUUAUUUUUACAUUGAUUGGUAUAUCGAUCUUCGGUGGAAAAGUAUUUCCUAAUUCGAUCUCAGUCAAUUGGGCAUACAUUUUAGCCGUCUUUUCGAUGGUACUUUUUCUCAUUACCGGUAUUUUGUUCAUUCUGGAUGCUGUACACAGUAAAAAGCAAACGAAGCCAGCCGGUCCAAAAGGGAACAAGAGCUUUUUCUUUCCGGCACCGUUGAGUAAUCGCGUAUUGGCAAUGCAACCUCUACUCAAACCUGAACCAGCUUGGUCACCACCUCCAAUCAUGCCACCAAUGCCGCAAUCACAAGCCUGGUUACCGCCUUCACCAUCAUGGCAACCUAUGUAUCCACCGCCACAACCGAAUUAUCCCACGGAUUAUUAUCCCAAUGUGCCAUUAACUCAGGCUACAUUAGCAAAUUAUUAUCAUAUGUUAAAUUACCCUUACGGACCUUCAUAUCCAAAUGAUCAAGGUUUAAUGAAUUAUUCUCCGGAUAAUUUUCCGCCGUAUCCAAGUUACAGAGAUGAAAGUGAUACUGAGAAUUAUUUUACUCACAUGAUGCGUCGCCAUUUCCUUCAACAACAACGCUUAAACUACAAUCACGAACGUUUAUUGGAAAAAUAUAGUCGUCUUCAAGGCCCGCGCGUUUCCUCUUUUCGCACAUUUGGCUCCAGCGCUUUACCAGGCAGAAACUAUGAUCAUUAUCUCGACGGUAUGCGCAGUAAUAAUCGUCACGACACAUCUUUAAUUGGUCAAUCACGAGCACGUAUUGGUACAUCCGAUGAUACGUACCGGUGGAUGGGUGAAGAAUCUUUUGAACCUUUACCUAGAAGUGCACAAUCGCACAUGCAACAUAGUCGAAAUGAACUGAUGCCGUUUGUACAGGCUGAGAGAUUUGAACCAAUAAAAAUGUACCAUCAUCCGGUGUUUGGACCCACACCGGGGUACAUUCGACCGGUAGUCAAAGCGAGUAGAAAGCAUCCGAAAAAGAUUAACAGUGAUGAAAGUGAAUCGUUGGAUCAUUCUGGUCGUGAUAAAAAAACAAAAGCGAUUAGCAUUAGUGAUAUUAGAAAUGUUGGUGAACUACUGAAUCAUUCAUCCGCACGACAUGCCAUACAGAAGAAACAGAAACGCAAACGCCGUCACCUGACUAAAUCGAAACGUUCAAAUAGCUUUGGCGAAGUUUAUGAUCAAUCGUUACAUUCCCCAUUUGCUAAUGAUAAUCUUCGCGAUGAAUCGAACGAUUACGAAGAUUUAACAUUUUCGGCAUCAGCCGACGAAAGAUCCUAUGGACUUUUCUCAGUGGAUUCGAAACAUCGAUAUGAUAAAUUGCAUUCGAAACCAAUUUUCCCAAUAAUAAGUCAAAGAAUGUCACGAACAACUAUUACAGAAUCUAAAAAUAACAACUCAUCUCGAGUUGUUUCCAAGCCUUCAGAGACUAUUUCAAAUCCCACGAUACUACCAUCAUUAUCUAUUCCAUUAACACCAAGUGUUUCGCCAAUAACACCAUCAAAAAUCUCAUCAAGUCCCACUCCAGAAGUACAAACGAUUUCAUUACCACUGAAUCUGUCUGAGAUGUCAGCACAAUCUCGUCCGGGUACUGUAUCAAGUUCGACUGUUCCAUACCAAACACUCUCAAAUAUCACCGAUAAACCAGUCAAAGCACCAUCUCAGCAAACAAACGGUGUUUCUCUAGCUAGCACGACUCGUGUUAUUUCAAGUACUAGUGGUAUCGAUAAUGAUGAUGACGACGACGAUGCGACGAAGAAUCGUGGGCGAAUAUAG